ACCUCGGUGUGAUUAAUGCAUAUAUUAUAUUUGCUUUCAUUAAAUCAAUGUAUUGUGAAUAAAUUUUUUGUAAUAUGAAGCCGGUUUUAAAAUGUAACGAACAAGUAGUCCAGAAAAAUGGCGACAACCAUAGCUGUCAAAACGAAGCAAAAGAUUAAACGAGACCCAGUGGCAUACAAUGAGAUGGCCAUUCGCAUAAACUAUGGGAUCCUGGACUACUGUCGCACCUCCAUGUCUUCUCUGUCAGGAGCAGCUGCAGGGAUUCUGGGACUUACAGCACUCUAUGGCUUUCUAUUCUACUUUGCCAUGGCUUUUGUGCUGUCUUUUUUCUUGGUGCUGAAAGCUGGUACCAGCUGGAGUAACUUCUUCAUGUCCAGGACAGACCUCAUCACCAAGGGGCUGUUUGGUGGCCUCUUUACAUAUGUGCUGUGCUGGACAUUUUUAUAUGGAAUGGUGCAUGUAUAUUGAUGAGAUGUUCUCAUACUAGUCAUCGUUGAUUGGACAUUACUUGUGGGCAGGAACUCAGCAAAUUGAACACAUAACAUGAUGUAGCUGUUUGGGUAAUCAUUGGAUGAUUUAUUCAAGGCUAUAUAUUGCAAAUGUAGGGUCGAAGGUGCAUCUUUUGUUUCUGUUUUAUAAAAGUUUCAUGCUAAAACUACAAAAUAUAUUCUUUGGAAUUUAUAAAUUUCAAUAGAAAUAUAUUGAACUCAAAAGCAUACAACUAAUACAUGUCUAUUUAAGUUAUUACUAUUAUCAUCACCACGUGUUUAGCCUUUGCUUUGUUCACUUCGAUUGGUAAGUUGACCGUAACUUAUCUUUUUGUACCCUUCAUUGAGAUGUUUUUAUUUGAUGCUGUAUUUGAUAUUAUAUUUUAUUGUAUUAUGUGGUAAAGUUAAACUUUGUAAUGGAAAAUUUAUUAUUCAUAUGUUCCCAACAUUUCUGCAUGAACUCAGACAUUAGCGAGUAUUGAAGUAUAAUGUCCAUAUACAAGUAUGUGUGUGUGCAAAUUGAAGUAAAUACAAGUUACUCUUUAAACACUUAUGUUAUUAUUUAAUGUCUACUGGUCAUGUACGUAAUUCCGGCCACUUUUGGGACUAUUUAAGAAAAAUCUUUAGUGUAAGGCAACUGGUUGAAACUAAACUUCACAUAUAUAAUCCUGGGUUCAAAACUCACCUGGCAUGAAAAUUAAAAUAGAAUUAGAUCGGUGAAUGUUACUUAAUGAACAGAAAAUGAUGACAUGUAAACUAUCCAUUUUCGUAGGUUAAAUGUACCUAAAAAAUCGGCCACUUUUCAGUUUGAUCUGCAGAUAAAAUUACAAAGCAAUAUCUUUAGACAAAUGUCCUCAAUUUCAGAGUAUUAAUCAAUGUUUAUACUAUUAAAAUUUUUGACUUGAAAUUUAAAAUAAAUGCGAAAUUUUUAUACCAGUUACUCCCCCUACCUAUUUUAAUAAAUAUAAACAUUGGGAAGCUGCUAAUUCUUAAAAAAAAUACUUGUUUUUAAUGGGUUUAAUCAAUUUUUUCAAACACAGCUAAAAAACUAAAUACAUUUUGGUUAAAAAGUUUACUUCAGUGUUGAUUAUUAGUAAACGCUUAUAUAUAAUAUUUAAACAUGUAAUCUAGUAAUAGUCUUAUCAAGGGAGGUAAUUCAAUUAUCAAAAAUUUAUAUUUAGGUUCUGAUUUGUAUGUUUUGAAUAUAAUUUUUUGUACAAUUAAUUGGUUAAACCUUAAUUAAAGUUGAUUAGAUAAAAUUUAAAUAAUUUUGUCAAAUAUAUUUGUUUCUUAUAUGAAUAUAAUUGUUGCAACUAAUGAUGACAUCACUUUCCCCACGAGCCAAAUAUUUCCUGCUAUAUUUGUGACAUUUUAACACAAAAGUUUACAAUGAUAUGGUUCUUACAUUUGCAACAUAUUGAGAGUAGGGAUGGUUUUCAUGUUGUUUUUUCUAAAUAAAAACAAAAUAAGUGCGUGAAGAUCAUCAAAAUGAUUUUACACAGGUGGCCGAUUUUUUACGUACAGGCCGGAAUUACGUACAUGACCAGUAAGCAUCAUAUAUAUAUUUGUCAAAAUAUGAUUCAAUGUAAUUAGAAGUUUACAGAUACAUAUGCAUUAAUGUCUAUUGGCUGCAAGUAUUUGUAAGAUUCUGUUCUGCACAUGUUUGUUUUUUAUGACAGUGUGGUACAUUAGAGAAUAAAAACACAAACUGUA